GUAAAAUACGUAUCACGUAAUCCUUCAUCAAAUUAUAUGUUUGUGUGUAUUAUGUGUUUAUGUGAUCAAUGACCAUAGCCUAUGUGUGUUAUCAUUUGAACAUAGUUUAGGCUGCGGGUGGCGGAUUGCUUAUACGAGGGGGGCUGUUUACGAAAUGUCUAUGAUACUUCGCAACUUUUCAGCGAGGGUUGCCUCUGGCUCCAGUUGUGUGAAUCUGUGGUAGGCCUGUCAAAAACUGGGACGUCCCAGCAUACUAUAAAAUACAGUAGUCGACUCGACACAAUAUAUUGUUCCUCUUUUUCUCCCACGACUGCAGUCCGAUGGCGCUGAAGAAAGCUGUGCUUUUUAACUUAUGGGGUGGUGUCCUGAAAACUCGCCCGUCCCAGUCUUUUCUGAAAUACGAGAAAUCUCUCGGUCUUCCCAGUGAUUUCAUAUCAAAGGCCCUUGCUGCGGAUGCAGAUGGGACUGAGAAUGCCUUAGUUCGAGCAGAGAGAGGAAAGCUGACUUUACAGCAGAUGUUUACUGAGCUGGAGGAGGCCUGUAAGAAGGAGGCCUCUGCUCAGGGGCUGCCAUUGCCAGCUGAGUUCUCCCUAGUGAAGCUCUUUGAGGAGAUCCAAGGUGUGGACUUCCACAGGCCCAUACUGGAGGCUGCUGCAGCCCUUCAUCAUCAAGGAGUUCUCACAGGUGUGCUGGCUAACCUGUGGGUCGACGACACCCCUCAUCGCCAUCACACGGCCCAGAUCCUGUCUGUCCUGGAAGGCCACUUUGACCUGGUGCUGCGGUCCUGCUUCACAGGGGCCCGUGUGCCUGAGCCGGCCAUGUUCAAUGCAGCCUUGGAGAAACUCAGCCUCACGCCACAGCAGGCGGUGUGGGUGGACACUGAAGAGGAGAGUGUGAAGGCCGCAGAGGGCCUGGGGAUGGCCGCUGUCCUGGUGAAGGACCCGAGUGCCGUUCUCAGCCAGCUGCAGACACACACUGGAGUGGAGGUUAACAGCACAAAAGAUGGACUCCCUGCUGCUUGUAAUCCUGAAGAGGUCACUCAUGGAUUUGUCAACAUCAAGCCUGGGGUUAAGAUCCACUUUGUGGAAAUGGGGGACGGACCACCCAUCCUGUUCUGUCAUGGCUUCCCAGAGAGCUGGUACUCCUGGAGAUACCAGAUCCCUGCCCUGGCAGAUGCUGGAUUUAGAGUGUUGGUUCCAGAUCUGAAGGGAUAUGGGGACUCUUCUGCACCAGAAGCAAUUGAGGAAUAUUCCCAAGAAGCGCUCUGUCAGGAUGUGGUGACAUUCAUGGAUAAAUUGGGAAUUCCUCAAGUGACACUGAUUGGCCAUGACUGGGGUGGUGCCCUCGUCUGGAACAUGGUGCAGUGCCAUCCUGAGCGAGUGAGGGCAGUAGCCUCCCUCAACACCCCUCUCUUUCCGGUGGACCCCAACAAAAACCCUAUGGAGGGGCUCAAAGCCAUGCCCAUUUUUGACUACCAAAUCUACUUCCAGAAGCCUGGUGUGGCAGAGGCUGAAUUGCAGAAGGACCUGGAGCGAACCUUCAAAAUCUUCUUUUCUGCAAGUGAUGAAGAGGGUAAACGGCCGCCUAUUAGCACAUCCAAAGUCUGUGAAAGAGGUGGGCUGUUCGUGGGACUCCCAGAGGAGAUUCCAAGGAGCCACAUGCUCUCUGAAGCAGCGCUGAAGUACUAUGUCCAGCAGUUCACCAAGAGUGGCUUCAGGGGACCCCUAAACUGGUAUCGGAAUGUGGAGAGCAACUGGCGCUGGAUGUUGUCACGGCCCAGAUCAAAGAUCCUGGUGCCCGCUCUAAUGGUGACCGCUGGAAAAGACCCCGUGCUUCUUCCUGCCUUCACUCAUGGAAUGGAGAACAUGAUUCCCAAUCUGAGCCGUGGUCACAUCGAGGAGUGUGGACACUGGACUCAGAUGGAGAGGCCAGCUGAACUGAACAAAAUACUCAUCGGCUGGCUCAAGGAAACACAUCAGAAGGCCUCUAUUGCUGUCGUCCCCAAGUUAUAAACAGAAUUCUGUGUACAUUUCCUGUGAGAUAGACAUGGAAUUAUGCAAAGAAGUGGGUUAUGUUUUUCUUUGUCUGUAUUUUUUUUUGCUUUGCAUUAACCAGCUAUUUGUGUUCUGUCAGGAAUUGAACAUUCCAUGUAGCAUUUAAAUCCCCCAAACUCAUCAGCACAAUCAGACUGUUGUGUGGGUGGAGAAUGUUUCGUUGUUGUUAUGUGUGUGAGUGGGAGGAUGCAGAUGUGCUGAUUCGGCGCCAUUGAGACUGAUAUUCUAAAGAAUGAUUCCCUGUGCCCAAGGCCAAACCAGGUCAUGGGACUCUUUGGAUUGUUUCCUCCUGUGCCAGAAGUAUAAAUGUGCCUUAUAAAUGAAUCAUAAAUGCGUUUUUACCUUAAUAUCUACAUAUGCACUACUGGUCAAAAGUUUAGGGUCACUUAGACAUUUCCAUUCCACUUCAUUAUAGACAGAGUACAAGCUGACAUCAGUUUUCAGUAUCAGUAUUGUUUUUUUAAUCAGGGCAGCAGUUUUCAGAUUACAUUAUAUGCCUACAUAAUUGCAAAAGGGUUUCUUUCUAAGUGACCUGUAGUGUACCUCUCAUGCAUCCCUGUCUUCAAACCAGUUGCUUGCAUCUAUGUAACUUGUUCAUUUAAACAGUAACUAAUGCCACCUCACACUAUAUUAACAUGCCUGGAUUCUGUGAUAAAAUAAUACUGCAGUGCAUAA